CCCCACAUAUUUCUCCUACAAGUACCCUCUCAUUUCUUCGCCGCCUCUAUUUCUCACCACUUUCUCUCUCUAAAUUUUACAAACACUCACACUCUCUCUCUAUAUAUAUUACAACGUUGUAAUAAGCUAAAUCUUUCAAUUUGUCAAACUGGCGAUCGACAAUCAAGAAACCACUUUUGUCCGUGAAAUCAAACCAAAGAACCGGCGCAUCAUGGGUGCCGGAGGACCCGAUGAAGAAGAACAAAAGUGGCCGCCAUGGUUGAAACCGAUGCUUCGAGAAAGCUUCUUUGUUCAAUGCAAAUUACACGCGGAUUCACACAAGUCGGAAUGCAAUAUGUACUGCUUGGAUUGCAUGAAUGGCCCUCUUUGUUCUCUUUGUCUUAAUCAUCAUAAGGAUCAUCGCGCCAUUCAGAUACGCAGGUCAUCAUAUCAUGACGUGAUUAGAGUGUCGGAAAUUCAGAAAUUUUUGGAUAUCGGUUCGGUUCAGACUUACAUUAUCAACAGUGCAAAGGUUGUGUUCUUAAACGAACGUCCGCAGCCGAGGCCUGGAAAAGGUGUAACGAAUACGUGUGAAGUUUGCGAGCGAAGCCUUCUUGAUUCUUUCCGAUUCUGCUCACUUGGUUGCAAGAUUGUUGGGACAUCAAAAAAUUUCGACCGAAAAAGGAAGAUAUCGCCGGAGAAGAAACAUUUAAUGAUGGCGGCAUCCGAUUCCGAGGAUUCCUACAGCAGCAGCAGCAACCACCGCCGUUACCGGAGCAACCACCAUAAUAACGGCCGAGUCAUGAGUUUCACACCAUCAACGCCGCCGCCUACGGCCACCGGCUUCAGGACGGCGAAAAGGAGAAAGGGGAUACCACAUAGAGCCCCAAUGGGUGGACUAGUGAUAGAAUACUAAACGAGUCAGUCAACCCCCCUAUACUCUUACCUAUUUACCCAAUAGUCCCUCAUUUUGCACCCUCUACUUAGUUUUACUAGCACUAGUGCUUUUACAAAGGCCUGUGCGUGUGAAUUUACGUUUAUGUCUUGUACAAAGAAGCAUCAUAUAGUUAAUAGUACUAAUGGUAAUAGUUUGAAACAGGGGGGGUUAAAAUGGGAAUAGAGUAUGAAAUAAAACAAUGUGGAAUGUCUACAAGGUAAGUUGAUAUAGUUUUGUAUGUAGGAAAAUAAAAGGUUCCAAAGUGUUUUUUUUAUUAUUAUAUUUGUUGAGGAUGUAAUUAUUAUGUUUUUUUGUUUGUGACAAUAUUAUAAUUAUAGUUGCGUUUAUAACUUGGUCGUAAA